AGUUAGAGAGAGCGAGAGAGGGAGACAAACAACGCAAUGCAAAUUGUGUGCAUAUUUUGCUUGUGUCUGUCUGUCGCUGCGCGUGUGUGCGAAUGUUUGUUGUAGCUGACUGUGUCUGUGUGUGUGUGUCCGUGUAAAUAAAUGCUCUAUAAAACGGGGCAGCAGCAACAGCAACAAAAGCAACAGCCAGGCGAAGCGGCAAAAAGUGCAGUUAAGCGUGGAAAUUGCAUUAAAAAUUGAAAAAAGAUGAUAGCAAACACAAAAAACUAAAUAAAAGCGAAAGAAAAGUGCAAAAAGAAACAGAAAAAUCUUGCUAGCUAACGAGCGCUUAAAAGCACCAGACUGAGACAGCAAUAGAUAGCGCGACAGACAGAGAAAGAGAGAGAGGGAAAAAAGAAAUCGCUUACUAAAAUAGCAACAACAGAAAGAGUGUAAAAAGUUUUGAUUGAAAAUUUUCAUUGUGCUUUCAUUUGGCUGCGCUGCAAUUGCAACUCACAAACACACACAUACACAAAUAAAAAAACAAAUACAACAUUGCAGUUGCAGCACGAACAACAAGGACAACAGUAGCCGCGCCGCCAAUUUGUUUGCCCGAGACGCGCGAUGCGGUGACUGUGUAAAUUUCUGAUUAAAAACGGCAACAGAGAAGCGAAAAGAAAAGGAAAAAGAAAAACAAAAUCAUAAACAAAAACUGGGCAAAGUGAAGCGAAAUUGAGUAUUGCAAAACAACAAAGCGAAAAUAAUAAUAAUAAUAAUAAUAACAACAAUAGGCGCGUGCAUAUAUCGGUUGCAUGCAACUCGUCGGCCACCCGGUGUCACACAUACUUGCCACACUGUGCACUGUGCGAAAAGUGUCAAUUGGAAGGCAUCAGAAAUUCAAUUAAAACAAAACAGAAAUCCUUUCGGAAAACUUUGAAAUUGUUGACUCAAUUGUUCGAUUGUUGUUCACGUUCGACUCUGUGAUGUGUGUUCGGGCUCGCGUGCGCGCUGUUUAUUUUGUACUGUCCUCAGGCAACCAGCACGAGCAACCGACCUGUGCGAGCCAACUAAAUUAGCCCAAUAUUUGCCGCAUACAAAUUAGAGGCAGCCCGCGAACACUAGGUGGCGCCACCCAAACGCUUGAGCGUCUUUAGCGUCUGCCGCGCAAUAAAAGUCAAGUGCGUGGCCUUCUGCAGCCACUCGCAGGCAAGUGGCAUUGUGUCAUUCGACAAAGUAACGCAUUGAGCGAUAAGAGGCAACAACCCGCUCCACAAGCAGCGCAGAGCACAACACAACACCCACAAAAUGAGCAGCCAGCAGAGGAGCAGCGUCAACAAUGGAAGGUGGAGCAGCGCCAGCCGGGGCGCCAGCAGAGCGCUGAUAGCGCAACUAUUGCUUCUUAUCAGCAUCACAUCAGGCUUGCCGGGAGUCGAGUGCUUUCAGCGCUUCGCCGAGCAGCCCAAGUACACGGAGGUGAAUCCGCGCGAGGAUGCGCUGCUCACAUGCAAAGUAAUCGAUAUGCGUGGCUCCUGCUCCUGGCAGAAGGAUAACAAGCCUGUCGGCAUCUAUCUGAAGAAAUACGAAUGGGCACGUCCCUUGGGCGGAAAUGGCGCCUUACAUCUGGAUCUGCAUCCGCCCCCGCCCAGCGGCGGCGACUGCUCCCUGUGGAUACGCUCGGCCACCUUGGACUUUGACGACGGCCUCUGGGAGUGCCAAGUGACCGCCAGUGAUUUUACCGCACAAGAUGCUUUGACUAGUCAACCGGUGCGAUUGGUUGUACGUGUGGCGCCGCAACGCCCGCGUCUGGAGUACGAGAGCGCUCCAUUGCCGCCGGGACACAACAUUACGGUGGACGCUGGCGCCGUGGCGACUGUGAAAUGCGCCUCACAUUAUGGUAAUCCGCCUGCAACGCUCAAAUGGUAUUUGGGCGACCAGGAAAUCUCGCCCAUGCACCCGCAGCUGAAUGCCACCGAGCCCGAUAAUCCACGCACCUGGUCAGCCACCUCGGUGGUGCAGGUGUCCGCGAUGCGCGAGCGCCACGGCGACAUUCUGCGCUGCGUGGCCUUCCACGAGAACUACGAGGCCAAGUCGGUGCCAGUGGAGGCCCGCCUAGAUGUCAAGUAUGCGCCAACCAUUCGUCUAAUUGGCUCACCGGAAAUCGACUUGGAAGAGGAUAAGGAUGCGCUUGUGCUGCGUUGCGUGGCCGAUGCCAAUCCGCCGGCCAGCAUCGUCUGGCGACGUGCCGGACGCUCCGAGAUAGCCAGCUUGCAGGAAACGCUGCAAUUGCGUCCUGUCGGACGGCGAGACGCCGGACUGUACACCUGCCAGGCGCAGAACUCGGUGGGCACCUCGGAGCAGCUGUCGGUGCAGCUGGACGUGAAAUAUCCUCCGAAAAUUAUUUCAGCCGGCCCGGACCGCCUCACCACAGCGCCGCUCUUCAGUCCCGCCGCCUUCGAGUGCGUCGCCGAUGGCAAUCCCAUGCCAGCCUACAAAUGGGUCCAGAGAAUCUCGCAUGGAUCCAAGUACGUGGAGCGCGGCAAUGAGCCGCGCCUGGUCAUCGACAACGUCACCUACGAGUACCAGGGCGAAUACGAGUGCCGCGCCACCAGCUACAUCAAUGGCCAGGAGCGGGUGGCCAUAUCCGAUCCCGUCUCCCUGCAAGUUGUGGGUGCUCCGCAGGUGCUUCGCCUGCAUCCCUCCAUGCACACAGUGUCUGUUAAGCGCGGCGAGCCGGCCAGUCUGACGAUGGUCGUCUGCGCGGAUCCGCGACCGCAGCUCGUGGCCUGGGAGUGGGGUUCGCUGCGCCUGGAGGCCGGCACGGGCAUAGAUCGCUUUCGGGCCGAUGACAUGCUCACGGACUCGCGCGAGGACUGCUACCUGUCCACGCUGCACAUCCACCACACGGACGAGCACGACUCGCGCCCCUACUACCUGGUGGUGGAGAACGAGCGGGGCACCGAUCGCCAUGCCAUUCAUUUGAUUGUGGAGGGUACGUUUGCAGAACCUUUGGAGAUGAGCUACUUGCUGGGCGUCGCCGGCGGCUGCAUGGCCGCCAUUCUGAUCCUGAUCUGCCUGUGCAUCUACGCCGUCAAGAGCAAAAAGUGCUGCUUCAAGGGUUCCACGGGCUAUAAAUCAUCGGAUAAGGACAGCGAGAAGGCUGAUUUGAAAUCACGGUCGGAUAGCACCAGCGGGCCCCAAGGUGAUUCGAUUUACACAACGCCCGCCGGCUUCCAUCAUCACCAGCAACAGCAGCAGCAACAGCAGCAGCAGCAGCAGCAGGCGGCAGCUGCCGCAGCAGCGGCAUUGCACGCCGCCUCGCAGCACCCACAGCAACAAUAUCCGGGACAUGGAUCGCCGGAGGCAAUGAAGUCCUCCACCUUGGCCAGCGCCAGCGCCCACGAUGAGCUCGGCAACCUGCUCUGGCAACAGCAGGCGAGCGAGGUCGUCGAGCAGUACCCCUGUCCGUUGCCGCCCAUACGCCACUGCCAUGCCCACACGCACGGGCACCGGCCGCACAGUGUGGGCGAGCUGCUGUCGCCCGAGCGGCGCCACCAGCGCGACCUCUUCAGCGGCGACCUGGGCAUCCCGGAGAUCCAGACGCACGUGGGCAGCAUGGUGCACACGUUCGAGACGCUGGCGCUGCAGCGGCGCCUGGCCGAGGCCGAGCAGGAGCGAGACCGCGAGCAGAGUAAGUAUGAGCUGCGCGCGAGCAGCCACAGCAUUAGCAACCACAAGAGCAGCAGCGACGCCAAGUACAGCCAGGUGAAGCGCAGGUCGCAGGAGCUGCGCCAGCGCCUGCAGCAUAUGCAGCGGCAAAAGCAGAAGCUUCAAGCACAGGCACAUGCCCAAGCACAGGCCCAGUCACAGGCUCAGGCACAGGCACAAUCACAGCAUCAAAAUCAGAAUCACACUCUGACUCAGAGUCUCCAUCAUCAUCGUCAUCGGCAUGGCCAGUGCCCACUAACCGCACCCGCACCCGCACCCGGCAAGCUCAUCAACAGCUGCAGCACCCACAGCCUGGCCAGCCAGUUGGCCACGCUGCCACGCCCAGCAGCGCCGCCCACGGGGGCACACUCCAUCGAGCAGCUGCGGCAGCCGUACGACGACUAUCGCAAGAACCUGUUUGGCAGUCGGGUGAGCAGCGCGGAGGAGCUGCAGGACGAGACGUACAUUGUGAACGCGGCCUUUGACGAGAUAUUUGCCAACUACCAGGACGACGACGAGGAGCAGGAGGCGGAGCAGAAGGCGCGGAACAACACGCUGCAGGAGACGAGUCGCAGCUACACCAACAGCAACACGAUUACGAACACGGAUGACCUCUUCGACGACGAGCACAUGCUGGUCAGCCUUAGUGAGCUAGACGAUGAUGUCUUUGCCAGUCGCGCCCAAACUGCUUCCACCACGCCCACCACCGCCUGCGCCGGGCGCACGCCGAAGCACAGCCAGAAGUACGCGGCGCCAGCGCCGCCGAUGCUGCAGCAGCGCUCCAGCACUCUGACCAAUCUCUUUGAGCGCUUCAAGGGCAGUAGCUCCACAGCGGGCACCGUCAACAAGACGCACUCCGAGCAGCAGCUGCAGCCUUUGCCGGCCGGCUCGGCAGCCGCCAAGCUGCACAAAUACGCCGGACAGCCGGCGCUGAACGAGGAGCCGGACUUCAAUCGUGGCUCUACGUUGAGCCAGUCCUUUGUGCGCCAGCUGAAGCGGGUGUCCUACAAGCAGAAGCGCGCACCGCCUGCCCCGCCGCCCAAGCCGCGCCCCAAUGUGGCCCACGUGACGCCACUGCGCAACGCCCUGAUCUUUCCCAAGCGCUCAAAGUCCUCCAACGAGCUGCUGCUCGACGACCUGAAUGUGCAGGCGCGUAAGUAUUUCCGACGGUCCGAGCACAGCGCCGCGGUCUAAGGAGCCACCAGGAACGUCUCGAAAAGCAGCUGCACCGUCUCUCACCCGAUUUGCUCACCUGCUAACCACAGUCAUUCUAUACGCAUCUGAAUACUCUUACCAAGCCAAUCGAAUUUUAAUAAAUUUUCUAUUGAUUCAAUUUCUGGUAGAGGCGACGCUUCUAUAGGCUAAGUCUACCCGCCCCCCUCUAAUGACCCAUGAUAGCGAUACCGAUAACGAUAACGAUAACGAGCUCGAUACCGAUCACGAUACCGAUCAAGUUACCAUCUAACUGUAACUAAGCCGGAGUCAGCGUAGUCACCCGCCGUCGCAAGCUAACAAUCGAAAGGAAAGACAGAACGUUUCUCCUAGCGUGGAACGGCUAGAACGAACCCAAAGAGAUUUGCGCCAUAAUUGGAUUGAUUCUCGAUAUUUCAGCACUCUCAAUUGAGUAAAUUACCAUAAUAACAUUAAGUACUUACAAUAUUUAUACUCAUUAUUACGUUUGUGCAAAGCGAACAAGGCAAAACCAAAAGAAAACAGAAUAUAGUUAUAUUUGUAAGUCCUCAGCUUAUACAUACAUACAUAUAUAUAUAUAAAUAUAUAUUUACAUAUGCGAAUCAAAAUACUAUAUAGCAAAGUGCAAAGCCCAGAAAUCAUUAACAAAUUAUAUAUUCAUGUAAAAAUGGAAAACUUUCAAAUCAAGUAAAAGUUGUGCCCUCAAAACUUAUGCAUGUUAUUUAUGUAAUUUUUUCAAAAGCAAAAAUCAAAUUAUAUAUCUAUAUACAUUUAUAUAUACAAAGUUCGCAUAUAACAUAUACUAACUAUAUGGCAAGUAACAGGAAUUUGUGUAAUUACGUAAUCUGUUGUAUCUUGUAGGCUACACGUAACAGAAGCUAAUGUAAGCCCAUAGCAAGAAGCAAAACAUAACUAAACCUUUAUGUGCAUGCAAUAAAAAACAUCUAAAAUUA